AUGGAUUCGACCGCAAGCAUGGUCUACCCUCGAGAUUCGUGGUCCUCCCUGACCACAGAGGACCUCCUCUCCGAACUCUCAAAACGUCAACAUAGUGGCGCCGCCAUGGACGGUCCGAAACCCGAGUGCGGGAGCACCAUGAAUAUGGGCUCUUACAAUACCCCGCUACACGUUGGCGCCUUGUUCCUCAUCCUCUGCCUAGGCACGAUAAGUACGUUUCCCGGGCUCUUCAUGCGGCCUCCCCUCAUAUCUAACCCGGCCAACAAGUCGGCUCUCCAGAGAACAUUCCUCUUCUACUGCCAGCAUCUCGGCACCGGCGUGCUCCUUGCCACAUCCUUCAUCCACCUAUUGCCCAUGGCUUUCAUGUCCCUCAUGAACCCAUGUCUGCCCGACUUCUUCAGCAAGAAAUACCCCCCCGGCCACGUCCACAACCAUCCCGGUAUGUGGGACUCAGACGACGAAGAUGAGAGGACUCCCAGGCAUAUCAUCACCCCUCCCGAGCUGUCUCUCGCCGCCCGGAGGCACCAGUACCCCGCUGCCAUGUCACUACACGAUCUCGAGGCGUCUGAGGGACUCGUCGACGGUGUUUCGCCUCGCCCCGGACAGACCCCGCUACCAGAGGGAACGCCCACGGGCGUCGGCGAGCGCAAGUCAAUGGAUUCGGACUCCGACAUGGAACUUGACGUCCACGAGCUCGACCCUCACCCGCACGACGAUGAGACCCACAAGCCUCUCAACGGCCACUCCAGCACUGGCCGCCCACCUGCCGACGCCGACCCCCAUUGUCUCCUGCUCGAGGCCGGUAUCCUCUUUCAUAGCAUCUUCAUUGGCAUCGCCUUAUCCGUGGAGUCUGGCCCCACCUUCCUCGCCAUCGGCCUUGUCAUCCACAACAUGUACGACCCUCAAAGCGAGGCGGGCCUGCUCACGGUUGGCAUCAUGAAUGCCAUCUCCGCCGGCCUACUGCUCUUUGCCGGCCUCGUUCAGCUGCUCGCCGAGGACUUCCUUACUGAGAAGAGCUACCAGACUCUCAAAGGUACAAGGAGGAGAAGGGCCUUUAUGUCCGUCGUCGGCGGCGCGCUGCUCAUGGCUGCUGUCAGGCUAAUUGCUUGA